ACGACGAAGCCAACGAACGUAAACAGCGGUGGUAACUUCAGCCGGAAUAUUUCUUCUCACAACUUCCUGCGUUGUCUAAAAAAUCAGAGUGGUUUCAGAGUAUUGCCGAAAGAGCAGGUUCUUUUGAGGUUAAAGUGGACACCCGGAGCUCUAUGUAGAUGUCUUCUCGGCUGGUUAUACAGAACAUGGAUUCAGAUCCUCCUCCUUCCUACAACCAGUACACCAACUAUGGUAGCACAGGGAACUCGGAUCCCGAGCCUGCCGGAUCCCCUGCUGUGUCGUCGGUGAAAGAACCUGAGGCCAAGAGAUCGGACAACAGCGGGGAAACGAUGAAUGGUUCUGGACCAGGUCACUACACCUACGAGGAGCUGAGUGAUGGCUUUGCCUGCCCUACGUGUCAGGGCACUGGCAAAAUUCCUAGAGAUCGUGCAGAUGACCUUGUGGCUUUGAUUCCAUACAGCGAUGCAAGAUUGAAACCUCGUAGAACACUUCGCUAUGUGCUUCUGUCUAUAUUCCUGUGUGCCUCUCUAGCAGGCAUAUUGAUAGCUUUCCUUCUACCAAGACCAAUAUCAUUUGAGCAGAAAGGGAAGGUGGCUACAGUUUAUACAAGUUAUAACCAAACAGUGCCUACCAUGACUUUAGUACUAGAGACCAAGUUUGAUAUCUACAACAAAAAUUUUGUGGCCAUCGAUGGUCAGUCGUUGACCAUUACUGGUAGCUGGAGCGAACAGGUGAUCGGGACCAAUAUUACAGUGCUGGACAGCAGUGUGCAUGUUCCUGGACGUCAAAAUUUUGAGCUUUCCGGGAAUGUAACAGUGACCUUUACAGAGAGUGCGUGGGUGUCCCACUGUGUAGAAGGCACAAUUACCCAUUUAAUAUACAUGGAGUUUAUUGCCACGUUCCAGUACGGUCUGAUGUCACAGAGUCAGCAGUCAACCUUGACAUACUACAAAGCCGUCAGCUGUAGGCCCAUCACAGAAUUGGACUCAUCUUGGCCGCUACCAUCCGAACUGAAAUGAUACAUGCUCAUGCUUCCUCCUGUUCUGAUCAGCUUCUAGUUUUUUCUUGAAAGGUUGGUUAUCCCUAUUUCAGGCUCGUCAUUUUCACACUCCAGGAAAGUAUGUGGAGUUUUUAUGAAUAUUUAUCAGGUACAGGUUUUAUCUUUAUAUGUGAUUUUCUGUUAUAAUCUACUGAAAUCUCUGUAUCUGAUAUGCAGGGGCAAGUGAAUUCUGUUAUGGUGAUCUUGAUUUUGAUUGGCUGCUGAGCCCUGUUACCAUGGUAGUUGCCAUAAUGGUGUAGUUACAACAGUUAUAAUUCUUUAUGAAACGGGCCCCUGGUGAGAUCUGUGGUAUAGCGGAAUGGAGCAAUGGUGGUGAGUAAUGAAAAAACUAAAGGCCUGAAUUCACAAAGGUGGUUUUGAAAACCCACGUUUGAGUCCAUUGUUUAUGCACAUUUCCUGUACAAAUAACGCUUAUUUUACCGCGUAUGUUAGAAAAUGUCCAAUGCUGAUGCACGCUUUUGUCACAGUGCGCCAAAUUGAUGCCUG